UGAUAAUGAAUAAAGUUCAAAGUGUAGAAAAAGUCCAAUAAAGAAAGGUCAUAGAAAAACAUUUGAAGAAAACACCAAUCCAGCGCAAAGCUUCAUGUAUGUAUGUAUCUAUGUAUCUCUCUCACACACCUCACCCCGCCAUCGAUUUCAAUUCAACCACCGUCACAAUUCCUACCUCAUAAACCCUAAUCGAUCCCAAUCUCAAUCAAAUUAUUCACCUUAACCUCAAUCCCAGAAAAACAAACAGAUUUUCAGCAAAAAAAGAACAGAUUUUUUUAGAGAUAGAAGAAAUAAAUUAAGAAAGGAAGAGAGAGUGUUGCCUUACAGUGGAGUGUGAAAGAGAAAUGCCAAGUGUGGCUGUGAAGCUCUACAGCGUGUUCUUCAAGUUCCUCUUGAAGCACCGUCUGCAGAACCGAAUCCAAACCACUUCCGACCACUCCGACCCGUUCGGGGUCACUACCCGACCCGAAGAAUCGGUGGCUCCGGCGAACCCUUCUUUCUCCGACGGCGUCGCCACCAAAGACAUCCACAUCGAUCUCUUAACCUCUCUCUCCAUCCGAAUCUUCCUUCCCGAAUCCGCUCUCACCCCUCCCGAGCCUCACUCCAAACCUAGGCCCGAUCCCGAGCCUCGUUCCGCGCGCGCCAACCCCGUUUCGCGGCGGAAUAGCUAUGGGCCGCCUCUUCGGGAGGAGCUCCGGAGCAACAGCUUCGGAGGGAGAUCCGGUGUGGAUGGAUUGAACCUGAUGUCGGACGGGGUGUACCGGGGCUACGCGCCGGGGAAGCGGGGGGAGCAGCGGAGGCUGCCGGUGAUGCUGCAGUUCCACGGCGGCGGGUGGGUGAGCGGCGGGAGCGAUUCGGUGGCGAACGACGCGUUCUGCCGGCGGAUCGCAAAGGUGUGCGACGUGGUAGUUGUGGCGGUUGGGUACCGGCUGGCGCCGGAGAACCGGUACCCGGCCGCGUUCGAGGACGGCGUGAAGGUGCUGAAUUGGCUGGCGAAGCAGGCGAAUUUGGCGGAGUGUAGCAAGUCGAUGGGGGGUGGGAAGAGUGGAGGGCAUGGUGUUGGUGGGGAGUUUAAGAAAUCGGAUUCUCAUAAGCAUAUUGUUGAUUCAUUUGGGGCUUCUAUGGUUGAGCCUUGGUUGGCUGCUCAUGCUGAUCUUUCAAGAUGUGUUCUUCUUGGAGCGAGUUGUGGUGCCAAUAUUGCAGACUAUGUGGCUCGAAAAGCUGUGGAAGGAGGCAAACUUCUGGAACCUGUCAAGGUGGUAGCACAGGUCCUGAUGUAUCCAUUUUUCAUUGGAAGUGUUCCCACACGUUCUGAAAUAAAAUUGGCAAACUCUUACUUUUAUGACAAGGCCAUGUGUAUGCUUGCCUGGAAACUUUUCCUACCUGAGGAGGAAUUCAGUUUGGACCAUCCAGCUGCUAAUCCCCUUGUCCCAGGCCGGGGUCCUCCUUUAAAGUUGAUGCCUCCAACAUUGACAGUUGUGGCCGAACAUGACUGGAUGAGGGAUCGUGCCAUUGCUUACUCAGAGGAGCUCCGGAAGGUGAAUGUUGAUGCACCUGUUCUUGAGUAUAAGGAUGCAGUACAUGAAUUUGCAACCCUUGAUGUCCUUCUGAAAAGCCCUCAGGCCCAGGUUUGUGCUGAGGACAUUGCUAUAUGGGCAAAGAAACAUAUUUCACUUCGAGGUCAUGAAUUCUCAUAUUGACUAGGAUAUAGCAGAUUCAGAUGAUGAUUGGCAGGAAGAUAUGUGCCCAUCCCAACUUCAAAAUUAGCUUCAGAUCACUCUUUUGCUGCUAUUGCAUGGGACCUGUGAUAUAUUAUUUGAUUGGUUUUGAUUCUUGAUAAGGUGUUGGAUGUUGACUGGUUCCAUGUGCAUACCCCCUGCCUGUUUAUUAUUUUUUGUUUGUAAGAUAGUUGUCUGAGAGAGUAGGAUUAGUUGAGCCAGUGAAACGCAUUCACCUCAUGCAUACUGCACUUGACCACCAUUCUUUUGCCAUUUUUUCCUGUGUAUUAUGAUGUUCUAUUUCUCAUGAAAAGAAUAUAAAAUUUAAUGAACCAUUCUCUUAGCAUGAGUAUGUGGUAUCCAAUUGAUUACCCAAUCUAAUGGCCUCCAAAAGGUGUGAGGGAAUGUUCAACAGACCAUGCUGACCCUCAGAACCCUUUGUGUUAUAGUUUUUCAUUAAUUUUUAUUAGCUGUGCGGGUUCUAUGAGACUAUGACUGCUUUCAAGGUACUAAUAUGCAAAGCAGAACUCUGUCCAUUGAGAACUGGUCUCCAUUUUGCCGGGAUCUUCAUUACCACAAAUUAUGUGUAAUCAAACUCUUGGCUAGUUUGGUUUCGCAUCUGACUGGGGGAGAAUGUGCAUAAGAGAUGUGAAAUUCAGAAGCUAUCCAUUUAAGCUCGUGCUUUGAAUGUGGAAAAGACACAAGUCUGAAACUGUAAUGCAGAUCCAAACACCCACACUAUGGAAGCAUAAAAUCUCAUGCAGAAUGCUUUCCUUCCACACAUAAUUAUGGCAAUAUUAUUGGUGAUAUCCAUAUGAUAUUCAAACGUGAUUGGGAGGUGUGAUUUUCUCACAUGCUGCAUGAAGGGAGUAGAUAUGUACAGACCUUUUACCAAUACAAAGGAUCCUCGAUCUUCUCUCAGCUUUGCAUUUUUUAUGAUACCUAACAAGCCUUAGUGACUAGGUUGUAGCAUCUUUCUAGGUGUUGCCUUCUUUUAUUUUUAUCUGUCUUUGUCUUUCUUUUCCCCUGCACCAAAAAGAAGUUUGUUGGAAUUUGAAAUUGUAGUUGAACAUGCUAUAGUUAAAUGUUAUGCAGCGACAAGUUCCAAUUUUCCA